GUGUAUAAAAUAUACAGAGACAAAGGCACAAACACAGGAACACUUUUCUCAACGAUGACCAAAUUUCUUUGAUUAGGGUUUGUGGCGAAACAAUUGAAUUUGUUUUCCCAAUCUUCCGAUUAUGCCGUAAGAUUUCUCUGAUUAAGGUUUCAGAAUCCUGCUCUUGCUUUUACUGCCGCACCAAUGCUUUGAUUCGUCACGACUUUUGUCAAUCUAAAAAGGUUUCGGAAAUUUCAGGGUUUCAUCCUCACGAUCAUCAUUCAAGUGUUCCGCUUGGGAAAGUUCUUCCAACAGGGUUUCCAUGGGCGUUUCUUCUUCAACGAGCAAGUUAAGGAGGAAUUGGUGAGGAUCAGAGUACGUUGCUUGUUUGUUUCCAUGGUUGGUGUUUGGUUCUUCUUCUUCUGGUUUGACGACAGCCAAGUUCAGAGCAGGUCAGAGAGAUGGAUUGAAGAAUGAAGAAUUAUACUAAACUCUGCUUUAUCCCAGAGAGAUAGAUGGAUUGAAGAAUGAAGAAGAUCACUAAGCUGAUUUUGUGACCGGCGUCUCUUGGACUGCCUCUAGAGCUUCCCAAGGAGUGUAAACAUGGAGAGGUUUCAUGCCUGUCCUCCAAAAGGUGAAACUUCGUGGGGCUUUUUAAGCUCCUCUCUAAACCACUAGAGGCUGGUCAAUCAGAAGUCAACUUCACCUUUCUGCUUCAUAGCAAGAUUUGAAGGAUCAGAUGCGGAGAGCCUCUGAUGUGUGCUUUGCUGAGGUCACUCGAGUCAGAUUCAAUUCUCCUCAUCCAUAAGUUAUGAUGCAAUCUUACACAACGAUGGUCAAAUCGUAUUCUGGAGAUUGGAUUGGGGUUUGUUUCUGAAGUCCAGAAAGACGACGACGAUAUCUAUGAUAUUGUUAAUCAUCUGGAGAGUAUUGGGUUUUAAGAAUGCUUCACAUGAGCGAGUGGAGGUGGGUGAAAAUUACUGUCAAAGGAUCACAACAAGCAGCAUGAUGUUGGAGGGGUUUCUUUCGGAUGCUUGCCAUGAUCUCACUUUGAUGGUUGCUGCAGUAGCGUCUUUACCACUUGGGAUAGAAGAAAAAAACAGAGGGUAUCAAAGAAGGAUGGUAUGAUGGAGGAAGCAUUGCCUCUGCAGGCAUUCUUGUUACAGAUCUGGCGACACCAUCCAAUGUAGUGACAGGAAUCGCAGGAGCCAUUUUGACAAAGCUAGAUGGUGAUUCAAGAGGUGGUGCUGCUUUGAGUGUCAAGGAGUUGGGUGUCGAUAGGUAUCAGGAAAGCCAAUUAAACUGGUAGGACGUGGAGAGCGAAUGAAGGAUCUUGAACCCUUUUAUCCAAAUCGAAUGGGAGAUGUGCUUUCAUUUGUAUAGAAGGCAACAUAAGUUAUACUGAUGAUCUACAGAAGAAGAUAAUGAAUGCAAUGUUCUGACAUCAACGAUUUUGCUCUCUCAACAAGUAAAACAGAUUGUGGAAGCUUCAGGAAUUGCUGGAUCUUACUGUUUUUGUUUGCUAAGAGAUCUGUGAUAGCAUAUCACGCGAAGGCGCACACACUAGUUUCAUCUCUUCUGUGGUAUCUGAUCUUCUACGGUUUAUCGUUAGAAUUCAUCCCUCUGGCUUAUGGUAGCUUAUAGAAUUGCGAUGGUAAGUGGUAGGAAGGCUAUUUUGCUGCCUACUUGACAAUCCUCAGCCUCAGAAAAGCUUGAAGGAAGGAGAUUAUGAUGGGAUGUUUUUUGCUCUCUAGACAACAAAAACAAAGUGUGGAAUCGUCCGUGAGGAGUUGCUUAUGGAUUCGGUAAGUAAUAAGAAGGUUACUGUAGUGCUACAUGACAGUCCUCAGAGGCAUGGUGCAUCCGUAUAUGUAGCUAGUUACUGGGAACAGGAACUCUAAACGAGAAGCUAUCAUGGUUCUUGGACGAGGGAGGUCUAGGCACAAUUCAAAUUGUUGAAGCUUGUUGCCAUCUAUGCUCUACCAUUACAUAGGUAUAUCGUUAGAAUUCAUCCCUCUAGCUUAUAGUAGCUUCAAGAAUUGCGAUGAGAGCUUGAAGGAAUGAGAUUAUGAUGAGAUCUUAUUUUUGCUCUCUCAACAGCAAACACAAAUUUUGGAUCGUGAGGAGUUGCGGGAAGCAUGUCAAUGUCGAUUCUCAGAAAAGCUUGAAGGAAUGAUAUUAUGAUGAGUUCUUUAUUUGCUCUCUCAACAACUAAAACAGACUGUGGAAGCUUCAGGAAUUGCUGGUAAGCAUGUCAAUGUCGAUUCUCAGGAUCUUACUAUUUUUGUUUGCAAAGAGAUCUGUGAUAGCAUAUCACGCGAAGGCCCACACACUAGUUUCGUCUCUUCUGUGGUAUUUGAUCUUCCGCUGUUUAUCGUUAGAAUUCAUCCCUCUGGCUUAUGGUAGCUUCAAGAACUGCGAUGGUAAGUGGUAACAAGGUUAUUGUGCUGCCUACUUGACAAUCCUCAGCCUCAGAAAAGCUUGAAGGAAGGAGAAGAUUAUGAUGGGAUAUUUUUUGCUCCUCUAGACAACAAAAACAAAGUGUGGAAUCGUCCGUGAGGAGUUGCUUAUGGAUUCGGAUUGUUUUUUUUUUUGUGUUUCCAACGGGACUUGUGGAGAGCAUACUGAGCUACUGGUCAUUUGUUUAUCUUAUACGUGUAUACACUACAGGUAGCUGAUUUUUUCACGAAUGUAAUUCAAAGGGUUGCAUCUUUUGUCACACGGAAAUUUUGCGGUGAUCAGUUUCAAUGAUCAAAUUAUUGUUAGAGAUUUUACGCGAUGUAUAUAGUUUUGGUGAGCCGAGCACUCAGAGCUAAGUCUCUCUGUGACAAAUCAUCGCCCUUGCUUGCUUCUUUCACCCUUUCCAGAUUGAAUCAUUCCAUACCUUUUGCCGAGGAGCUAUCUGGUGUGAGCGAAAAAAAAGAGUCAUAUUAGUAGCUGCAACAAUUUCUUCACAAUCGCUGCCUUCUGUUGCCAAGAAAGAAGAAGUUACUUCUGUUUCCAACAACCGACUCAAACGGAGUUAAUGGGUCUGAUGAGGAAUCAGAAUUAAAGCUCUGUUGCAGAUAAGGCUUAACAAACAAAUUGGUAGAGGCUUCCACACCUCUUGCUCCUUAUUUUGCUUAGCUCUGCUGCAGAUAAGGAAGAUAUAUGAUUCAUGGCUCUGUUUCAGAUAUGUUCCAAGUAUUGGUUUUAUUCAAAAAAAAAUACUUCAUAAUUCAAGAGAAUUAAACAUGUUGUUAAUCAAUUCAUUGGUUGCAAUAUGCAAGAUCCUUAAUACUAACAUUUAGUAAUUAUAAUUCAAAUGUCAUUAUCAUUACUAAACAUCAAAAUUAAAAAUAAAAUAGAUCGACCACCCCCAACCACUUUAUUUAUUCUUCCUCAUUGUGGUCUAGUCGACAUCUUUUUUAUUUACGACUCUCUUUGUUAUGUUCUUUUCUUUCUCUUCUUCAUCUUUUUUUUUAUAUCUAAAAAUAAAAUUACAAAAUUCGUGUGUGUGUUUAAUCCUUUUGUAUCAAUCUCAAGCGACCUCUUUGUCAAACCUGACAAAUUCCAAAUGAUGAAGAAUCCUGACGUCACUAUUUAUUAAAACGAAUACUACGUACAAAACCUUUUUCUUAUUUUAUAUAUACUACUCCUUUAAGUUUCAGAGGAACCCAACAAAAAAUAAAAAAGACAAUAAUGGGGAAUUGUCAAGCGGCGGAAGCAGCGACGGUUUUGAUUCAUCAUCCGGCGGAGAACAAGGUGGAGAGGAUUUACUGGUCGGUGACAGCGAGUGACGUCAUGAGAUCCAAUCCCGGUCAUUACGUUGCGGUGGUUGUGACGUCACCUACUAUGAAGAACGAGAAAGGAUCUCCAUUGAAGCAGCUUAAGCUCCUUCGUCCUGACGACACUUUGCUCAUCGGACAUGUCUAUCGUCUCGUCAGCUUCGAAGAGGUUUUGAACGAGUUUGCGACGAAGAAGUGUGUGAAGCUUGGGAAGUUACUGAAAGACGGAGGAGGGCUUGACUUGACGAAGAAGAAGAAGAAACACAGAAAGAAAUUGGAUCAAGAGACGGGCCGAGUCAACCCGAAUUCUGAUUCGGAUCCGAACCAAUAUGGCGCUAAUGAUGCGGUGUCUGGAGAAAACGGGGGAGAUGGGUUUCUUAGGAGGAGUCACGGCGGAGGAAGAGGUGGUGGUGGGUGGAGGCCAGCUUUACACAGCAUUCCGGAAUUUGGAUCCUCAUGAGCGCUCUUUAAAAGCCGUAGAUAUUCUUAAAGCAACUAUCCGACAACUUUGAAAGUUUAAUGUAAAGCGAUGUUGUGUUACUAUUUUGUGUUGCUUUAAUGAGUUCAGUCUCGACAAAAUAUUUUCAAGAACUUUAAAAUCGUUUCAAUUGUUCUAAUAUUUGAAGGAAAAUUGAAAUAUCGAGAGAGUUUUUAAUAUAUUGGAGACAAACGUUGGUUUUGUAUUGCA